AUGGUGAAGUUCGUCACAGACCUGUCAAGCAACACAGAUGCUUCUGGCAAGUGGCUGAACCAGUACCAGAUUCUGCGAGACAUCGGCAGGGGCUCCCGCAGCAAUGUCAAGCUGGCGAGAACACGACAGGGCACCACCCAUGCCGUCAAAUGCUUCGCGCGCAUUGAGAUGCAGAACCGCAUGGUUGCCAAAUACGAUGCUGAUGGAUGCCGUCUAGUGCCGCUUCGGGAGUGCAUUGAGGAGGAAAUCCGCAUCCUUUCUGAGCUGUCGCAUCGCCACGUCGUGAAUCUGGAGGAGGUCAUCGACUGCUCCUCCCACGACGCCGUCUACAUGGUCUAUGAAGGCCUGCCUGGAAAAUCGCUCAUGGCUUGGAGCACAGGAAGCUUGGCGUACACGGCCAGUGCAGAAGCGGCAGUACAAGACUACUGGGGCGAUGCCGUUCGCCCUGGGCUGCAGUACGAUCUUGACGCGAAGCGGCGUGAAGUGCUUGUUUUCCAGGAAGAGCUGGUGAGGUUCUUCUGCGGUCAGCUGUCGGAGGGCCUCGACUACCUCCACGAGCAGGGGGUCAUCCACAAGGACCUGAAGCCGGAUAACAUCGUCCUCUCCAAGCCCAUCCCCGUCUGCGACCCCCGCUUCGUCUCGGCCCUGAGCCUGCGCCUCGCCUGCUCUUGGGAGGAAUGCGGAUGA